AUGGGUGACCUAACUUCAGGUCAGCCGGGCAGCCACACCCCCUCAAAGUCACUUCCUCGAUUCCUGGAAUCCCCACUGCCGAGGUUUCUAGCUCCUGGAAGGAUGCAGCGCACCCCUCUCGAACCUGAGGAUACACACAGUGUGCCCUUGACCCAUGACAUACAGCGACCACAGCAGCCACCGAGAAUGGGACCCCUUCCCUUCCCCACCUGGCUGGAGGGAAGAGGGCAGUUUCUUCCAUCUCCAGGGACUCUGUGCAUCUUGUGUCUUCGAGCCAAGUCAUUGCCAUCACUGUCCUUGGACAAAUCAAAGUCGUUAGCUCUGAAAAACUCCAGUUCAAGAAAGAGCCUUCCUCACUCCACUCGGGCCUGUCAGCUCUACCUGAUAACGUGA